GCCUGCCAUUUUGUAAGAUAGAAGGGAGAUAAAAAAUAGUUUUAUGGUGUUAAAAUUUUACAAAAACUUCGUUGCCAUUUAUAUUAAGGCCCAAAACAAAUGUUUAAAUGGACGCAUCGUCCAUUAUAACUCAGGUGUCUCGGGAUGACGAGCAAUUAAACAAUUAUGGAUCCGACAGAGGGUCAUCCCCUGGCGGGCAGCACAGCGAUGGUGAUGGCACGCCAGUGUCGUCGACACCCCUGGGCAGUAAGAAGUCCGGGGGCGGCGGGUUCCUGCGGUCGCUCCUGUGCUGUUGGCGCGGCGGCCGCGGGAAGGGCCCCCCCGGCAAUGGCACCAACAGUGUGGAUGGUAGGGCUUCCCCGCCCCUGCUCAUCAUGGCAGACCAUGCUCCCCGACCACUGUUACCACCAAUUAGACACCAGGAUAUGCAUAAAAAGUGUAUGGUGAUAGACCUGGAUGAAACAUUAGUGCACAGCUCUUUCAAGCCAAUAAACAACGCGGACUUCGUGGUGCCGGUGGAAAUCGACGGGUCCGUGCACCAAGUGUACGUGCUGAAGCGGCCGCACGUGGACGAGUUCCUGCGGCGGUGCGGCGAGCUGUACGAGUGCGUGCUCUUCACCGCCUCGCUCGCCAAGUACGCGGACCCCGUGGCCGACCUGCUCGACCGAUGGGGCGUGUUCCGGGCGCGGCUGUUCCGGGACAGCUGCGUGUUCCACCGCGGCAACUACGUGAAGGACCUCAACAGCCUGGGCAGAGACCUGCGGCGCGUCGUCAUCGUCGACAACUCGCCCGCCUCCUACAUAUUCCACCCCGACAACGCGGUACCCGUCGCGUCGUGGUUCGACGACAUGACAGACUCGGAACUGUUGGACUUGAUACCGUUUUUCGAGAAACUGAGCAAGGUGGACAGUGUAUACACAGUGUUGCGCAAUUCCAACCACCCCUACAACCCCACGCAGAACAACUCCCCGAGCACAUAGCCGGGCCCGCCGGCGCGCCGCGCGCGUGGCCCGUGCGCCGUGCGCGUGCACGUGCGCGCACGCGAGCCGAGCGCCGUGCACGUGCGCGCACGCGAGCCGAGCGCCGUGCACGUGCGCGCACGCGUGCACACACGCGAGCCGAGCGCCGUGCGCGUGCACGCCUCGCUCGCGCGCGCGAGAGAGGGCGUGCAGCCCGCGCCGCCCGCGCUCAGCCUCCUGGAAACUUUCAUCAAGAAAGGAGCGAAUUUCGUCUUAAGUGCCAAUUUUGCCUUCUGGAUAGUGAGGACGUUGUUUGUACCUAUUUUACAAUUUAGGUAUUUCUUAGUGCGUAAGUGGUCGGUAUGAUGGAUUUGUGAUGUUUCUAUAUUUUCCUCCGAUUAUUUGACCGUGGAGCUUGCGUUGUGUGCGUGUCCUUGUGUGUUCCGACUGUAUUUCGGAAUUUGACUAACUUACAUUUUAAUGCAUUCGGGUUACCGAUACUGACUAUAGAUGAAUUUGCACAUUUUUUCCGAUGACGACUUUUUUAUAUCGUGCUUGGGAUCAAAUAUGAAUAAGUUAGAUAUUUUUAUCUAAACGUCUUCGCGGACGCGAUCAUUCAUUAAAAUUCACAAAACUUCAAUUAUAUUAUAGAUUGCAUCUUGGACUGUUCUGAAUCAAAUCUGAACCGACGAACUUUUAUAUAAUCCGCUUAUCUCAAAAUCGAUGUGUUCCCGUACCUACUGGACAAUUGUAAAUAUUAAAGUUUUUAUAUACUACAGCAGAUGGCUUCAAUCGUAUAGGUAUAUCGGAAUCAUGGUAGUGUACAUAUAGUUAGAAGAAAUAAUAUAAGUCAGGCAGAAAUAAAGCACUUAAGGUGAAUUUAAUCGCACUAUCCGAGGUCGAUAUUGCACUCGAAAUUUGAAUAAACCAAUAUAAAUGAAUUAUUUUAAAUAAUUAUUAUUAGUUAUCGCUUUUACAAUUGACUCUUCCAAUAAUUUGACUUACUAUAAUAUUAAAUUAUUUUACCGCUUAAUUUUACUACUUAAUAUAAAUAUUGACCCGAAGCACUUAGUGUUACACAGUCGUGAGGUUUGUGCACAUUAGACGUAAUUUUGUAACGUAACGUUACUGUAGGUGUAUAUUUAUUGUGUACAUACCUUGGUGUUUACCGUUAAGGCAUUACGGACUUAUCUUUGGCGGUCUUAUUGCGGAUGUUAAGUAGAAAAUAACUGUAUUGCGUAUAAUUCUGUACUUAUUGAAAAGAACGUAAACAAAUAAUUUGGAAAUUUUCGGGGAGUUCCAUUUGUUGGCUAACCAAACAAAUACAAAAACCAAGCGGAUCACUGAGCGACCUGUCUUCAACUUUCUUAUUUGGUCAUGUAAUGUUUUCGAUUACCCUCAAGUGGCAUAAGUAGCCUUUUGAGGGUAGAUUUUGUUUACAUUUAUUUAAGUACAUAAAGAUACAGACUAUAAUAAUGUCUGACAUAUCUCGGACAUACAGCUGAGAGAGAUAAGUUCGUGACGCACAGUCCCCAUACAUUGACGACAAUAAACGUCAUUUGAGUGUCAUAAGAAUAAUUUAACGUAAUUUAUUGAAUAUUAUAUUGAACGGGUUGUCAGUUCAAUUUGGCAUCUUAAUGUAUUAACUCUGCUCUCAAGUUGCUAAACUAAAUUCGAUAUUUUUCUUAAUUAAUAAGAUCGCUACCGAAAAAAGAAAAUGCAAAGUAAUAAGGCUAAUACUAAACUACAAAAUCAAGAAUACUAAUUAGAAUAUUAUAUAAAAAUAGGUCCUUUUAUGCAAAUCUCAAGGAGAACUUAACAAAUUUUAUACCACGCGAUAGUCAUUAUUCAUUAUACAUACUAUGCAACCAUUGGACCCGGCUUUCGAAAAAAAAACAGAUGUCCUUUAGAAAAGACAAAUUCUCUCGUAUUAACUUUAAAUAAUUCACAUACCUUUUAAGUCAACAAACACGAUAUACAACAUGUAUAAUUUUGAACUUGAACACUAAAAGUGAUAUUCUUCUUACUCUAGCCACAGUGAAAGACCAGUAGUAACUCUUCUAAGAAACGUACACCACGCAUGUAUGUGUGCGCGCCUUGUACGCACGCAACAUGUUAGCGGACGAGAAUGAACUAGAAUGAAUCAUUGUCAUCCGCUUUCAUG